UGCCGCCCCACGGUGCAGAAACAAGUGUGCGACGACAUCGGGCGGCGGCUGACGGUGCUGGGGGACGCCUGGGCUCAGGGGAAGCUGUCGGCCCCGGUGAGGAAGAGGAUGGGCCUCCUGGUGCGAGAGCUGCAGCAACAGCACUGGGACGCGGCUGAUGAGAUCCAUCGCUCGCUCAUGGUGGACCACGUGAACGAGGUGAGCCAGUGGCUGGUGGGCGUCAAGCGCCUGAUCGCCGAGACGAGGAGCCUGCCUGCUGCAGAGUCGGCUGCGGCGACGGACGGCAGCGCCAAGGACGGGCCUGGCCAGGAGGAUCCCUGAUGCCGGGGACGGGGCUGCAGACCGUGAGCGCAGCAGCCCAGGCCUGGGGCCACCGACAGGAGAAGGGCCCCUGCUGCCUGAGUGGGUCUGGGCACCUCCUCUGCCUCCCAAUCCUCACCCAGGAAAAGGGGAUUUUAAUCAUUGUGACAUUUUAGUGGCGAUUCACUUCAUGACGUUUAAUAAAACAGCACU